AUGGCUAACCCCCCCGGCAAGCUAUCAUGGAGUGGCCGACAUGGUGACGCAGUUAAGCGGAUGAACAGCUUCCCUGCCGAUGCCUUGCAGCCUCUAAAACACCAACAAGCCUGGGCCUUCCAUAUGGGCCUCUUGAAACUAACACGCCAACUGCACCGCGCUGGGAUGCCAGGAUUGCUAACGAAUCACAACAGGGACGACCUACGGGCUUCCCAACACCUCCUCACACAGCUGGAGGGCGCCUCGCCGCCAGACCCCGAGGUGUCGACUGCGCUCAACCUGCUCAAGAUCGACCUCCUGAUGCGCCAGGGCGACUACGACGACGCCCUGUCGACCGUCGACCAGGUCGCGCAGUCCAUGCACCAGGACAGCUUCGACAUAGCCACCCAGAUCAGCCUCCUUAUCGCCAAGGCCCGCAUCUUCGACAGGACAGGCCAGCCCGAGCGAGGCUUCUCGCUGGCCAUGCGCGCCGCCAAAAUCGCCCACCGCUCGCGACUGCUACACAGCCUAUGGGACGCCGUCGCCGCGCUGUGCGUCAUCCUGAUGAGCUUCCGCGAGUUCUCAGCCGCACUCGACCUGCUGGAGAGCGUGAUGCCGCAGGUCCUGGAGUGCGAAGACCGUGCGCUCGCAGGACGGAUGUAUGCCUGUCUGGCCGACGCGAGCAUGGGGCUGGCGGGCGAGAGUAGCAGUCGCAGGGACUCCGGCCGCAAGAAGGAGUUUCUCGCCCGCGCCCUCGAGUUUAUCGACUGCGCCUUUGCCGAGUUCUCGUCCAUCGAGGAGGUCAGGGGUCAGUGUGAGAUGAUGGGCAAGAAGGCAACCAUCAUGCACCUGCAGGGCGACCUGGUCCUCGCCAACGACUUUGCAGCCAAGUAUCUCGACCUCAAGCGCCAGGCCAUCUCCGAGCGGCUCCCCUUUUCUACCAUCUUCCAUCUUAUCUUUCUAGACCCACUAUUUUCCUCCUCUGGAAGCCCCUUUUUGCCACUUUUUGCCGCCCGCCAAAAGCGGAAAUUCUUUCUUCUUCUUCAACUUCAACUUUCGACUUUCAACUUCAUCCUUCAACUUCAACUUUUACUAUCUUACCAGCUCCAGCUCCAGCUCCAGAUAAUAUCUUCGUCUCGCUCGACGACUCCUUUUAUCCAAGUCUCAGACCUAACAACAGCCCAGCACUCAGAGAAGACAGAAGUUCCGUUGCGUUCUUCCUCUUCCUUCCGCCUUUUCCACCCUAUAACCCGAUAUUUAGACGAGUUUCAGUCAACAGCUGAGUUUAUGUCCAUCGAAAACCUCAAGACCUUUGGUACGUCGCUCGCUUCUUCCCCCCUCGCUGCACAUGCAGCAGCCUGGGCUAAUAUUACUUCUUCUUCUCUCGCGAUAGACCCCUUCGCCGAAGCUGACGAAGACACCGGCGACACUAAAAAGUCGCAAAAUUACAUCCAUAUACGGAUUCAGCAACGCAAUGGUCGUAAGACUCUGACGACUGUCCAAGGUCUCCCGAAGAAGUUCGAUCAGAAGAAGAUCCUCAAGGUCAUCAAGAAGAAGUUCGCUUGCAAUGGCACCAUCGUGAACGACACCGAGAUGGGUGAGGUUAUUCAGUUGCAAGGAGACCAACGCAAGGAUGUCCAAGAAUUCUUAGUCGACAAGAAGGAGGGACUUGAGCUUGAUGCCAAGACCAUCAAGGUAUGUCUCGCCUACAAGAACUCACAUGCGUCUCUGUCUUAA